CGUCGAGCCGUGCCAAUUCUGCAAAAUCCGCAACUCGUCGGCAGCUGCAGGGUCGUGAGCUGUCCAGUCCAUGAAGGCACUCACUGUGGACGGAAACACGCAGGAGCGAAGGGAAGAUGAAGCAGAAUACACGCUCAUGUCGUCGCCAAUGAAAUCCCGGUGGAAGAAAGGCAUGCUCUCCGCAGAAGAUCAAGUCGCGACUAAUGGCGACGACGACCUAGAGCCUUACCGGUUUGUGUACUUGAACAACCCGAUCGAGAACGCCAAGCUCCGCUACAUCGGGAACACCAUCAUAACGUCCCGGUACACGAUGUUUUCGUUUUUGCCGAAGGUCCUUUUGUACCAGUUCAGCAAGUUGGCGAAUGCGUACUUCCUCAUCAUCUCAAUCAUGCAAUGCAUCAAGCGUAUCUCGACCACGGAUGGGUUUCCCGCGUCAUUACCAGCAUUGAGUAUCAUCGUCCUCAUCGACAUGAUCUUUAUUGCGAUGGAAGAUUUCCGACGACACAAGUCCGACAAUCUCACUAACGACAUCCCCGUUCAUCGCUUCGACUCCGAGAAGAUGGUGUUUGAGCAGCGGCCAUCGCGCUCGUUGGUAGUUGGCGACAUGAUCAAGAUCUUCAACCGCGAAGUCAUUCCUGCCGACUGUGUAAUCUUGGGAGCAUUUGAGCAAAACCCAGACCAACCGAGUGGAAUUUGCUACGUCGAAACAAAGAGCUUGGACGGCGAAACCAAUUUAAAGCUGCGACAGGGUGUCGAGUGCGUGUACACGAAGAUUCGGUCGGACGCGGACCUUGCCCGAUUGCAGGGGCAUGUGGAAUGCGAGGCCCCCAACAACUCAAUUCACCGUUUUAAUGGCACCUUCAACCUCACAAAUUCCAGGACGCAGGAAUGCAUUACAGCCAACUCGAUGUUGCUACGAGGAUGUACCCUUCGCAAUACCGAAUACGUGUACGGGCUCGUCGUCAACACUGGCCGCGACACCAAGAUCAUGAUGGCAUCUCUGAACAAGGACACAGUCAAGUGGAGCAACAUGGAGUUGCGACUGAACAAGCAAAUUAUGUACAUCGUUGCGUUGAUGGUGAUUCUGUGCGUAACAGGAGCGUCCCUUGGAACCAAGUGGAACUUGACGAAUCUGUCGCUCAAACCCCACGAGAAGGCAUGGUACCUAUAUCGAUCGCCGAGGGACCGCAUGUUGACGUCUCCGACCGAGAACUUUGUCAUGUUGUGUCUGUACUACUUUUUGCUCCUCAAUUCGUUCAUCCCGGUGUCGCUCUACGUCAGUAUGACGAGUGUCAAGUUUAUUCAAGCGUACUUUAUGAACGCCGACGUGAAAAUGUACCACGCAGAGAGCAACACGCCGUGCCAAGUGCGAACGAUGUCUCUGAACGAAGAACUCGGCCAGAUCAACUACGUCUUUAGUGACAAAACUGGAACGCUUACGUGCAAUGUGAUGGAGUUUCGUAAGUGCUCGAUUCAAGGAGUUGCGUAUGGCUUGGGCGACACAGAAGUCGGAGUCGCGGCCAAAUUGCGCCAGAACAUCCACCACCAGGCCACGCAUUUGUCCCAGACCCGGCCCGUGGUUGCUCCGUUUGUCAAUUUUCAAGACGACUCGAUUUUUGAAUCGACGUCUCCGUCGUUGCCACUCUUUUGGGAACACUUGGCGGUAUGCCAUACCGUGAUGCCUGAAUGUGCAAGCGAUGGGUCGCUGCGCUUGUCGGCAUCAUCGCCAGAUGAACAAGCCCUUGUCGCGGCGGCUGCUAGUUUCGGAUAUUCGUUUUAUGCCCGGACGCCUGGCGAAGCCCUCGUGAAAACCCCGUUUGCAAACGCAUCGUACAAGAUCUUGGACGUGCUGGAAUUCAACAGCACCCGAAAACGCAUGUCUGUUGUGGUCGAAAAGCCGGACGGCGCGCUCGCGUUGCUUUGCAAGGGCGCGGAUACCGUCAUUUACGAGCGGUUGGCGCAAACGACGGACCCAGCAACGUUGAAAGUGCGCAACACGACCUUGGAACACAUGGAAACGUUUGCGUCGGAGGGAUUGCGUACGCUUGUCAUUGCGCACACGGCUGUGGAUCGAUCCAAGUACACGAAAUGGUCGGCCGAGUACAAGAAAGCGUCCAACAACAUGGCGGAAAUUGAAAAGCGCCGCAACGGCGAACCGAAUCAAAUCGACACGUUGAUGGAAGCGUUGGAAACGAAUCUCGAAGUGCUCGGAGCGACCGCAAUCGAAGACAAGCUGCAGGCUGGUGUGCCGGACGCCAUUGCCAAGCUGCGCGAUGCCUCGAUCAAGGUGUGGAUGCUGACGGGGGACAAAGAAGAAACCGCGAUCAACAUCGGAUUUGCCUGCCAGCUUCUGCAUUUGGACAUGGAUUUGAUCGUGAUAUCCGGCAACAACCACAGCGACAUUGACGAGAUCGUUGCGUCAUUGGAGAAGUACCAGGACAUCCCGACCAUGGAGUUACACGACAAACCGCCUCGCGACAAGGCGCUCGUGGUCGACGGCGAAACCCUCGAACUCGCUUUGCUCCACUGCCCGUCCUUGUUGCUGAAUGUUGCAGAGCAAUGCGCCGCUGUGAUCGCGUGCCGAGUGUCCCCUGCGCAAAAAGCAGAAAUGGUGACACUCGUCAAGGACAACGUGAAGGGGUCGAUCACCCUUGCCAUCGGCGACGGAGCGAACGACGUGUCCAUGAUCCAGGCGGCUCAUGUCGGCAUCGGUAUCUCUGGGCAAGAAGGGAUGCAAGCGGCCAACUCGAGCGACUACUCGAUCGCCCAGUUUAGGUAUUUGAUCCGGCUGCUGUUUGUGCAUGGCCGGUGGAACUAUGUGCGAAUGUCGACGCUAAUCCUGUACACGUUUUACAAGAACGUCAUGAUGAACAUGACCCAGUACGCAUUCAUGGCGUUCUCUGCGUUCUCGGGGCAAAAGUUUUUCCUCGAGUGGGGGCUACAGGGAUUCAACUUGAUCUUCACGGCGCUGCCAAUCGUGCUCGUGGGUGCGCUAGAUCAAGACGUCCCCGACUACCUCUGCGAAGCGUUCCCGAAACUCUACAGCGUCGGCCAGCUCAAUCGAAAGUUCAACGGGAUCGUGGUCGCCCGAUGGAUCAUGUCGUGCGUAUGGGAGUCAGGCGUCAUUUGUCUCUUUACCAUCUACGGCCUCAAACUCGACAACACGUCGGUCCCCAUGUGGACGUUCGGGUCGUGUGCGUUCACGUGCGUGAUUUUCGUCGUCAACUUGAAGCUCAUGCUGAACCAGCACCUGCACACGGCAUGGCACAUUGUUGUGUACGUUGUCUCGAUCGGGCUGUGGUGGGUCAUGGCGCAUGUUGUGUCUUCUUCCACGUUCAGCUUCUUCUGGCGCAACGCCUUCUCGCUCAUCAAGGGCCAUGGGUUCUGGACGCUCCUGCCCCUCGUCCUUGUCACGGCUCUCGCCCGGGACGUGUACUGGAAGGGAUUUCUGCGCAACUUUUACCCGUCGUAUACAAACCUGGCGCAAGAAGUGCACUGCUUCAAGUGGCAAGACCGCGCGUCGUAUUUGCUGCAGUACCCACCCCCUGAGGACUUCGCCACGGACGUUGAAAGUCCCCAAGUUGUUGCGGGUCCCAAGGCUGCGUCGUUUUCCCAUCAACACAGUGGCCCGUUCUCGCCUCGGGACACGUCCCUCCACCAUCGCAUGAGUGUCCGCGGCGUUGCCUUCAGUUACGAUGCGGAGACCGUCAUGGCGCAGUCGUUCCUUGCAACGCAGCACCCUGAAGUUCCGCCUGGUCCGGGGGUCCAAGUGAGUUUAAAGCGCCAUGCCAGCAUCGGGUCCCUGGCGUUUCAACAAGAUCACCAUCCUGGAGUGCCACUCCAGCCGUCGCAUGCUUCGGCGGGAGCAUCGUCAAGACACACGUCGAGUGUGAGCAUUCGCAACCUCUUAAGCCAGUGGGGAACCGGCAGCGUUGGCGCUGGUCAAGGCAACCGUCCAAGUGUUCGAAACAACCGAUUGCGGCGAGCUGCGAGCAUGGGCGAAGGGUGCUCGGAGGAAGUUCAUCCAGUGAUCGGUGACGAGCGGCAGAGCGACCUCACGCACUUUGUGCGCCGGAGACUGAACUCGGUGGAACGCCGGCCGAGUACGCACGUCGCGUCCAUUCGGCGUCGGUCGACCACCAUGUUGUAGCGUCGGGCAAGCUAAUGGCAUAGUGUUUACAUUCGAAUUACUUAUCGGCGUGGAUAUCUAAAGACAGUUGAUAUACUUUCUGGGCACGUCGAGCUCGCAGCAACGACACGGUGCUCCCGACGAAUGCGACGAGAUACAGGAAUGCAGCGAGGAAGAUGUUGGCUGCAAGGGAUGACUUGGCGUGGCCUUCCUUCGGUUUGACGCGAAUGUAAAUCGAGUUGGACGCGACAGUCGACCCCAAGAAGAGCAGGAAGAAGAAGCCAAAUAUACUGAUGAUCGCACAGAUAAUCGCACAUGGAUGGGGCGUUGGUCCUUUGGACGAAUUCGACGACACCAAGUCUUCCCAGCCUUUCAGCUCGUCCGUGUCCAAGCUUGUGUCGCUGCAUGGAGACGAGUCCUGUGACAGGUGGUUGAGUUGAGCAUACCCAAGCCGUGUCCGCGCAGUGUGGACUGCGUCCGGGAUGUCAAACUCUUUUACAGCUUCCUUGAGUUUCAUCAUAUCCGGGCGUUGAGGUCUGGGCUGAGUCAACGCGUUUUCCGGCAGCGUAUCGAGGGGUAGUUCCAGCCGUCGUCCACACGGUUGAUCGCUUAUCCUGGCUGGCUGGGGCAAAUCUUCCUCUCGAGGAAGCGUAACUUCGAUGAAACUUGCGCGGCGCCGAGCAAACCGUCGAAAAUGGAGAAUUCACG